AUGGGGAACUGCUUCACCAAGAAGCCCGCCGACCCCGCCACGCCUACCGAUGCCGACACCCCCGCCCACGCGCCGGACCCGAGCCCGGCCCCGGAUGACGCCCCCGUCCAAACGGCACCCGUACCCACCGCCGCCUUCAGCCCGCCCCCUAAGCCGGCCGCUCCCAUCGGCCCCGUGCUCGGCCGGCCCAUGGAGGACGUCCGCACCACUUACUCCCUCGGGAAGGAGCUGGGGCGCGGCCAGUUCGGCGUCACCCAUCUUUGCACCCACAAGGCCACCGGGGACAAGUACGCCUGCAAGACCAUCGCGAAGCGUAAGCUCGCCAACAAGGAGGACAUCGAGGACGUCAGGAGGGAGGUCCAGAUCAUGUACCACCUGUCGGGGCAGCCCAACAUCGUGGAGCUGAAGGGGGCUUUCGAGGACAAGCAGUCGGUGCACCUCGUCAUGGAGCUGUGCGCGGGAGGGGAGCUGUUCGAUCGCAUCAUCGCCAGGGGCCACUACACGGAGCGGGCGGCCGCGUCGCUGCUGAGGACGAUCGUGCAGAUCGUCCACACCUGCCAUUCCAUGGGGGUGAUGCAUAGGGACCUCAAGCCCGAGAACUUCCUCUUGCUGAACAAGGAUGAGGAUGCGCCGCUCAAGGCCACCGACUUUGGGCUCUCUGUUUUCUUCAAGCAAGGUGAGGUAUUCAAAGACAUAGUUGGCAGUGCAUAUUACAUAGCACCUGAGGUCCUCAAGCGAAGAUAUGGGCCAGAAGCUGAUAUUUGGAGCAUAGGAGUGAUGCUUUACAUUUUUCUCUGUGGAGUUCCUCCAUUCUGGGCUGGUGCUUCUUCAUCUAUUCAAAUAAUUCUUCAGGGGAUCUUCAAUACUAUUCUAAGGGGGCAGAUUGACUUUACAAGUGACCCAUGGCCUAACAUUUCACCUGGUGCUAAGGAUCUUGUGAGAAAGAUGCUGAACUUGGACCCCAGACAGAGGCUGACAGCAUUUGAAGUUCUCAACCAUCCAUGGAUCAAGGAAGAUGGAGAAGCACCUGACACACCACUUGACAAUGCUGUCCUCAACAGGCUGAAACAAUUUAGAGCAAUGAACCAGUUUAAGAAAGCUGCCCUAAGGGUAAUAGCAGGAUGUUUAUCAGAGGAAGAGAUCAAAGGGCUGAAGGAAAUGUUUAAGAAUAUGGACUCUGACAAUAGUGGAACUAUAACUCUCGAAGAACUAAAACAAGGUCUUUCCAAGCAAGGAACAAAGCUGUCGGAGUAUGAAGUCAAACAGCUGAUGGAAGCUGCUGAUGCAGAUGGGAACGGAACUAUCGACUAUGAGGAAUUUAUUACAGCGACAAUGCACAUGAACAGAAUGGAUAGAGAAGAGCAUCUAUAUACAGCAUUUCAGUACUUUGAUAAGGACAACAGCGGUUAUAUCACAAAGGAAGAACUUGAGCAAGCUCUAAAAGAGAAAGGACUAUACGACGGCAAGGAAAUCAAGGAUAUAAUUGCUGAAGCUGAUGUUGACAAUGAUGGAAGAAUAAAUUAUGAUGAGUUUGCAGCUAUGAUGAGAAAAGGGAACCCUGAGACAAAUCCAAAGAAAAGAAGAGAUGUGUUCUAUUAAUCUGAGAAUGGAAAAGAGAAGUGAGAGGACCAGUGUUGUUUGAACUUGUCAAUGUACCCAAUACUUGGUAUGGUGGAGAAAUCAUACACGAUGAGCAGAAGCUUUCUUUUUCUUUUCUUUGAGGGGUAUCGAGAAGAGCAGAAGAUAAUCAUGGCAAAAGGGAGAGAGAAAGCACUGAGAAGCUAUCUAGUGAACCUAUUCAUAAGUCUCAUGUACAAAUCUUGCUUGUGGGGAUAUGAGGUAGGUGGAGAAUAGAUCAUCUCAAUGGCAACUGACGGUGUAAACGUUUCUGAACUUCAUGACAGAGUUGGACAAUCUUAUGUCAACUAAUGCCUGUAAUACAUUUUAGCGAUACCGACUGAUUCAAAGAAAUUGCCACAGCAGAUAGGUUCCAAAGACCUUCCAGCAUCUCCAGACGGAUCUUCUAGGAAAAGCUCAAAGUCUCUUGAUCAUGGACGAUAUGAACUUGCAACUUUCUCAUUGUUUUCAUGCUUAGUUUGAACAAUAUGGAGAUUACUUUCCAACAUGGAGAAAAAAUUUUGAAGCUUUGUAA